AUGGCCCCUCCUUCGCAGAAACCAGUAAUAAAUUCAUUUUUAGAUGUUAAAAAUGAAUUAGAGAGUAUUGGUAGGUGUUUGAAGGGCGAAGAGUUGGUCAAAGCGUUGAUGGAGAGAGUAAUUGCUGCUGAAGAAGAAAAAGCAACAUUAUCGAGGAAAGUUGAGGAACUCUCUAAAGCCCAGAAGGAAGCUAGCACUUUGCGGAAGCAAAACGAAUUGUUGAUGAAGAAAGUGGAAACCGUAGAAUCAGUUCUAAUGAAGACGGAACUGGCUAAAAGCAAGCUCGAAAAUCUCUGUAGAGAAAUGCAGAAAUCUCAAAAAAAAGCUCAUGAUGAACACUACGAGAAGUUAAAAACGCUUGAGAAGAACCGUCAAGAACUCAUAGACCAGUUUAAGAGUUCGGUCGCGAAUAUCCAAAAAUCUAUGGAAGCCGAUCGUGAGACUUCAGAAAGGUUAACCAACGAUAAUGCGAGUUUGUCAGAAAAGUUGAAAAGUCUUUCGAAGGAAUAUGAAAAUAGAGUCGCGCAGUUGUCGAAACAGUUUGAAGAGGUAUUUUUAAGAUAUAGUGAUAAGGACUUGUUUCAGAAGAACAUGUAUUGUGAGAAGUUAACCACUACACGGAAUAUGGAAGUAGAACUUUAUAAGACGAAGUUAAGCGCCGCUGCGCUAGAAACAGAGAAGGCUGUGCAGGAAAAGCUUCAGUUACAAAACGAGUUACUGGGACGGGAGUUGAAGCUGAAGGAGGCUCUGGAAAGUGAAAAAGCUAUGAGGCAGCAAAUUAACAAAUAUUCAAAAAAAUAUAGUGAACUUCAUGAUAGUCUUAACAACUCGAAUGAAACGUUUGACAAGUUUAAACGUGAAAUGGAAAGGAUGAAUGGCACUCUGAUUAAGAUGGAAAAGGAGUCACGAAAGUGGAAAAAAAUGUAUGAGGAAACUGUUGACGCUCUGGCAGCGGCAAGUUUGAAGAGCAAAGAGACUGAGGAAGCAUGUGCUCUAAAAGAUCGACAGUUGCAGCAGUUACAGAGUCUUUGCAGAACCUUGAAGUCUCAAAUUCCAAGCGGAGAAAAUGCAUAA